AUGUCGAGAUCACCUACCCGUCCAGCCCACCUUGACCCAAGCGAACUAGGAACGAAAGAGUAUGUGGAGUCUUCAUCUUCGUUCAAGGAAUUCCGUCUGACAACUGCCGUUCGCACGGUCUCCGACUGCAGCUGGGAUCGAUACUAUCAGAAUGAUCUAGACAAUGGUUCUGACCAUGACCAUGACGACAAAAGCGACCAAGAGGACAGAGACGAUACUGCUCCCACAGAUCCUCCAGAGCCAUCAGAGCUUGAGUCAUGGUUCGACGACGUCGGCGCUCCAGAAAAGACUCUCGCGUUUUUGACUUCGACGACAUUUCCCCUUGCACCGAAUUACACUCCUGUCACCAACAAGACUCCAAACUCGACCACAAAGACGGCCACUGAUGGUCAUAGUCCCACUAGCACUACUACCCGUGGAUUACCUACCGUUCUGGAUCUCGGCACGGGCAAUGGCAGUGCACUGUUCGCACUGAGGCUUGAAGGAGGGUAUGCCGGACGCAUGGUCGGCGUUGAUUACUCGUUGCAGAGUAUUGAAUUGGCGCGGAAACUGUGGCGACAGUAUUCAGCCUCAACCUCGGCCUCGGCCUCGUCAGAUUCGAACAGGAAUUCGAAUCCGCAUUCGGACCCAUCUUCGAAUACGAAAUCAUCUUCCAGCGCCACAUCCCCUGCGCCAGCUACAACUACAGAUAUAUCCGAAGCAAGCACAACACCAUCAGAAACCACCGGGGGAGGAAACGGGGAUAUCACCUUCCAAGUCCUCGAUCUGAUCAACGACACUCCGACCGAGCAAGCAUGGUGGCCUAUCGAGUCAGACGGCUUUGAUCUGGUUCUGGACAAAGGCACGUUCGAUGCCAUCUCGUUGUCGUCGGCGACCGUUUCGGUGGGACCAGGUCCUAGUAACGACUCUGACGGCGCUUUGUCCGUCCGUGAGCGGCGCGUGUGUGAGCUCUAUCCGGCAAAAGUGCUGUCGAUGGUCAAGCCUGGCGGCUUCCUGCUGGUGACCAGCUGUAAUUGGACUGAAGAGGAAGUGAUAUCGUGGUUCACGAGUGCUACAUUACCACGCACGGAGGAGUCGGGAGGACGCUUCGAGGUCUACGAUACGAUCAAGUAUCCGGUCUAUGAGUUUGGCGGCCAGAAAGGUCAGGGAGUGGCAAGCGUGUGCUUCAGGAGAAUAGUAUGA